CACUAUUCGUUUACCUCUUCGCUUGUAAAUACGUCCAAAACCUCAAAACUAACAAAAUGUUCAAAUUGUUCGCUGUUUGCUUCUUGGCUCUUUUCGCUGGUGCCUUCGGAGCUGCUAAGCCCGGUGUGUUGGCUGCCCCAUUGGCUUACUCCGCUCCAUUCGCUGCUGCCCCAGUUGCUGCUGCCUAUGCCGCACCAUUCGCCGCUGCUUACUCUUCCCCCCUCGCCUACACCGCAGGAUAUGCUGGUUAUGUCGCACCCUACGCCAGCAGCUACUCAGCUCAUUCGAUUGCCCACUCCGCCGCUUUCCCAGCUGCCUAUGCUGCUGCACCAGUGAUCGCCGCGCCGGCGCCAGUGCUUGCUGCUGCCCCAUCUGUUGCUGUGUUGAAGAAGUAGUUUGCAAAAAAAUAAAUAUUUUGAAAACUGUGAUGACCUUAACCAAUAUCAAAAACAUUAAAUAAAUCUGAAAACCUUAAAAUAAUAGAGAAAGUUUUUAACAGUCGUGCGG